AUGUUUCAUGCUGCUAUCAUGCUCGCCAAUCAAUAUAAUAUUCGCAUUCAUAACGAGAGUAUAACGAGUAAUGUCAUUCAAGUAAAUAAUGAUGAAAAUGGCCAUGCUUCACUGAAUCUCCUUUGCCAAUAUAUCACUACUCAACGCCCAAACAUUGUUGGGAUUGUUGGUCCGGAUUCAUCGACCACUGCUCGUUUUAUCAGUCCAUUUGCUUCUCAUGUUAAUUUGCCACUCGUCUCCUAUGCUGCAACAAAUAUCGAUCUCGCCGAUAGACAACUCUAUCCGACAUUCUAUCGAACUGUUCCAUCGGAUCUUCUCCUUGCUCGUGCUAUCAUUCACCUUUUCAAACAGUUCAAAUGGAAAACCUGUACAAUGAUUUUUGAAAAAAGUGAUUAUGGCUAUGGUGGACUCAGAAUAUUAUCGGAAAAUUAUCAUAAUAAUAUUACAAUCAAAGCACAAUUGUUAUUCGAUGGAGACAAAUUUCAUGCUGAUUUAAAACAAACAUUGGAAACGAGUCGAUCAAGAAUUGUUCUUCUAUGGGCAGAUGAACAACAAACGACAAAUAUUAUUAAACGAGCAUUUGAAGAAAGACUCAUCAGUACCCGAUACAUUGCUUUCGGUGUGUUUCCACCGGACAUGCUCAAAAGUAAUGAAUUUAAGAAAAACCUUGAAGGUCUUCUUGCUAUAAUUCCAUUCGGAGGCGAUAGCGGCAGCAGCGAUCAUCAAUCAUUGAAUUAUAAUCAAACGUUGCUCAAUGCUGCAUUGGCCACUUCUCAGAAUUCACAAAAUGAACACGGAAUUGAAUGUCACCUUGGAAAUGAAUCCAAUAUCAGUUCGUUUGCUAUGUUUACUUUUGAUGCCACAUGGACAUUAAUUCAAGCAUUGUACAAAACAUCGCUCGAUGGCAAAUCUUCUCCAUCACCUUGGUUUCUCUCAUCAUCCUAUUGUUUUAAUAGUUCAUUGGAGAAUGCCACUAAAUAUCAUGAGUAUUUAAAGGCAACACAAUUUUUGGGCAUAUCUGGACCCAUAGAAUUUUCAAAAAAUGUUUCAAAUGAUCGUGUUGGAGGUGCCUAUUAUGUACUUGAAAACUUGCAAUAUAAAAACAAAGAACAACUCAGAUUCGUACAAGUAAUGAAAUGGCAUGAUGAAGUUAAAGUUGAAAAUGAGAAUUGGCAAAGUAUUAUCCAACAACAAAUUAUUUGGCCAAAUGGAUCCGAAGAGAUACCGAAAGAUUAUCCCCAAAUUCAAGGUAUCAUUUUUUAA